UGACCUAAAAAAAAAAUCUGUCUGGCCUUGUAGCUAGUACUAGCCGUUCUAAUUAUACUUCAGAGGUACUAGCCAUUUGAGCUAGAAGUCUCUGGCAAAAGCGUGCUAACGACAUUGUUGUACAGAUCUAGCUUGUAGCUAGCCGUUUCUCUAUCGUGAACUCGAAAUGUGGACGUGUAAAAACCUGUGGAAGAAGUUAGCCCCACUCGCCAGAUCCUCUUCAACUUUGUGCCGGCAAAAUGCAAGGGGAGUAGUGUUGAACAAUGAGAGAAGACUGCCACUGGUUCCACAGGCCCACAUGUCCUCAGGAACUCCAGGGAGUGGAGGGGACAACAACUUGUACUACCUCCUAGUGGGAGCAACCUGUGUAGGGGGAGGAUUUUAUGCUUACCGCACCAUCAAAGGAGACAAAGAGCGAUAUCAGGAACGAAUUAAUGAAAUUGCUUCCAGACCAAAUAAGGUAGUGCCAGAACAACCAAUCAUAGAGACCCCAGGCGAACAAGCUGCUGAAACUCCACAAGAGAUUGCACAUGUUACGGAAGAUGCUCCUGCGGAAACUCCGGAAGUAACCCCUAUUGUCGAAGAAGUGUCCCCUGAAGUUGCUGCAGUGGAACAAGAGGAUCCACCCACCACACCAGAGCCUGAGAUUGCACCUGAACCGGUGGUAGAACCAGCUCCUGAAGAAUCAGUAGGGACGCCUGAUGCUGGUCCAGUAGUUGAGAGUGAACCUUCAGUGGAACCGUCCCCCGUAGAGGUUACAGAAGAGCCUCCUGCUCCAGUUGUGGAGAGUGAACCAACACCAGUAGCAGAAAGCCUUCCUGCAGAAACAGCGGAGCCGCAAACUACGACAGAGAGUGCUGCGGAACCUGCAACUGUUGCACCUGCUGAGGUCCCUGCACCUACCCCUGUAGAGUUUCCCUCACACGCCCCCUACCUCUUGAUUGGCGGAGGCACGGCCUCCUUCGCUGCAGCACGCUCCAUCAGGGCCAGGGACCCAGGAGCCAGGGUAUUGAUUAUCACUGAUGAACCAGACCUUCCAUACAUGAGGCCUCCUCUCUCCAAGGAGCUGUGGUUCUCUGAUGACCCCAGUGUGGUUGACACCCUGCGCUUCAAACAGUGGAAUGGCAAGGAGAGGAGUAUCUACUUCCAGCCUCCCUCAUUCUACGUCAGUCCUCAGGAUUUGGAGAAAGUGGAGAAUGGAGGAGUGGCUGUGCUCACUGGGAAAAAGGUGGUGCACAUGGACGUGAGGGGCAACAAAGUGACACUGAGUGACAACACAGAGAUCUCCUAUGAUAAGUGCUUGAUUGCCACAGGUGGAGUCCCAAGGAAUCUGCAAGUGAUUGAGCGAGCUGGAGAAGAGGUGACAAAGCGGACUACACUGUUUAGAAAGGUUGAAGAUUUCAAAGCUUUGGAUAAGGUUUCCAGAGACACCAAAUCCAUCACCAUCAUUGGAGGAGGUUUCUUGGGGAGUGAGCUGGCCUGUGCCCUGGGUAGGAGAUCUGCUGAUUCUGACCUGGAGGUAAUCCAGAUGUUCCCUGAGAAGGGCAACAUGGGAAAGGUGCUGCCGGAGUAUCUAAGCAACUGGACAACAGCCAAAGUCAAGAGCGAGGGAGUGAUGGUCAUCACAGAAGCGUUAGUAAAAGCUGUGAGCUUCAAAGAUGGUAAAGUGGAGAUCAAACUGAAGGAUGGUCGUCUGGUGAAGACGGACCAUAUUGUUGCAGCUGUUGGGCUGGAGCCCAGCGUAGAGCUGGCCAAGUCAGCAGGUCUGGAGGUAGACUCUGACUUUGGGGGCUUUCGGGUCAACGCAGAACUGCAGGCUAGGUCCAAUAUAUGGGUGGCAGGUGAUGCAGCGUGCUUCUAUGACAUCAGACUGGGCCGCAGGCGAGUGGAGCACCAUGACCAUGCAGUCGUGAGUGGCCGGCUGGCCGGAGAGAACAUGACGGGAGCCAAUAAGCCCUACUGGCAUCAGUCCAUGUUCUGGAGUGACCUGGGGCCUGAUGUAGGCUAUGAGGCCAUUGGGAUAGUAGACAGUAGCCUUCCAACGGUUGGAGUAUUUGCCAAAGCCACUGCUAAGGACACCCCCAAAGCUGCCACAGAGAAGUCAGGAACUGGAAUCCGUUCGGAGAGUGAGACUGAGGGGACGGCCAGUAGCCCUGUAGCCUCCUCCACCCCUGAACCUCCUCCAGUACCCGAGCGGAAGGACAACUACGGGAAAGGAGUGAUCUUCUAUCUGCGAGACAAAGUGGUGGUGGGCAUUAUCCUGUGGAACGUGUUCAACAGAAUGCCCGUUGCAAGGAAGAUCAUCAAAGAUGGAGAGGAACAUGCCGAUCUGAAUGAAGUGGCUAAGCUCUUCAACAUUCACGAGGACUGAGUCUCCUCUGGGGAGGCUGAGCCUAUGCUGGGAGAGACGUGUGCUGUCACUACUCAUAAAGGCUUUGAACUUUCACAGUCAUCGCCAGGCUUUGGCAGACCCCACUAUGAUGAUGCACUUGAAAAGGGAGAAUCUCUGGACACAAAUCUACUCUGUACAUUUUAAUGUCGCUGGAAUAUUGUCAUGUUUGUAAUUUCUAUCACAUGCAUGUUUUUUUUCUUAUUUUCUAUUCAAGAUAGUGAGUAGAAAUAUUCCCCAUGUCGAUCAGUCUAAUCAUUCUAUAUAGAAUGAAUGCCGCCCCCAUAUCCCCAGAUCUAUUCUGUUGCGUUUUGUGAUCAAGGUGAAAUUGUCUAUCCCGGGAAUACAGGUGACAGUGUACAAGCCUAACAACAUACUGGUACAUAGAGGUUGUUUUUCAGUGUCAUCAGAGCAGCUCCUAUUGUUAAAGGCUGCAAUAAACAUGUUUUUAAAUUGAAAUGA